AUGAGAACCAACAUUAGCGGGACAUGCAUGGGAACCAACAUCAGCGGGACAUACAUGGGAACCAACAUGAGAGGGACUAGCAUUAGAGGGACAUCAAAACGGACCACUAUCAGAUACAAAAUUGGAGCAACAACAAAGAUAGGUACUUGCUGUAAUAGGCAACACUGGACAUUAGAGAGACCAGCAUCACAGAGACAUCAGAGGGACCGGAACCAGCAUAAGAGGGACAUCAAAAGAACCGGAAACAACAUCAAAGGGGGAAUCAAAGGGAAUGGGAACAGCAUAAAAGGGACAUUAGAGGGAUCGGGACCAGUAUCAAAAGGAUAUCAAAGGGACCGGGAUCAGCAUCAAAAGGACAUCAGAGGGACAACGACCAGCAUCAAAGGGACAUCAGAGGGACCGCGACCAGCAUCAAAAGGACAUCAGAGGGACCGAGACCAACAUCAGAAGGGGCAUCAGAGGGACCGGGACAAGCAUAAGAGGGACAUCAAUAGAGACCGGCAUCAAAGGGACAUCAGAGGGACCGCGACCGGCAUCAAAGGGACAUCAGAGGGACCAAGACCAGCAUCAGAAGGGGCAUCAGAGGGACCGGGACCAGCAUAA